AUGUUUCCGACGGUGCAGCUGCUGUUCACCCUUUUCGUCGUUGAAGGCUACGCUCUGCACCACCACCAACAGCCGGCACAACCAGGAUACGGAGGCCCAGGCUUUGGUGGAUAUGCUACCCCUGCUGCAACACAAUACCGAGGAUACGAUUCUUACGCUUCUCCACCUCAACCGUACUGCUUCGGCUACGACAAUGUGGACGAGUACGGCAACCGGCAGUUCCGGAGCGAGCAGGGUGACGUCAACAAUGUGAAGACGGGUUCCUACGGCUACCGCGACGUGAAUGGCCUCUACCGACGGGUGAACUACGUGGCCGAUGCGUACGGCUUCCGGACCACCGUAGACACCAACGAGCCGGGCACUGCGCCUGGUGCCAGCGCCAACGCGGUCUUCAAUGCUGCACCAUUCGUCCCUCCUUCAGGAGCUGUCCACAGCGGUACAGCUUCAGCCUAUACCACUAGGCCAGCGGUACCUUACAAUGCUGGCACCUUCGGUGGUUACGCAGGGUACGGACACAACCCCUACGUAGGCGAUGCUGGCGUCUACGGUAACGCUCUGCACGGUCGUCAGGGUUAUGGUACGAGCGCUCCAGCAUUUGGCGGAUACGCUUAUGGCGACCAAUCUUCCUACGGCUACGGUGCCGUGGGCUCCGGCACAGGAUAUGCUCCGGGUGCCGAUGAGGUUCCUGCUGGAUACAAUAGCUGGCCUUCCGCUCAUCACGGAUCCCGCCGCCGUUAG